GACUCAUUUCCAGAACUUUAGCAAAUUUAGAACCUCCAGGCUGCUCAAUCGGAGUGGUUCUUCCCCAAAAUCGCAGCCAUUUUCCCGGGAAUUUCGUCUUUCGCUUGUUUCGUGACGGGACGUUCUGGAUGCAAACUUCUUUUCUUUUUUUUCACAAAUUAGUCGUUUAGGCCAAGUCUUGGCAGGUUUUUUUUGUGGAGAUUCUUUUUGACCAUAUCGGGAGAACUUUCUUAUAUUAGUUGGGACGCGUCCCGGGACCAAGUUCAGUGCUUUGGAACGCAUCAUCAAGUGUGGAGCAGUUUUCGUGGCUGUUUGUGGCGAGAGUUGGAAAACCAUCGGGAAAUGGUUUUUGGUUGAUUCGGUGGAAAUAGUUUGUGUGUGUGUUUGUUUGUGGACUCGGUGUUUGCUUUUCGCAACAUAUUUGAGUGGACUUGAAAGUGCUCUCGAAAUGGGAGGAAGAACUUUGAUGCUGUGCGGCUUCCUGGUUGUGCUGGUAGCCGUGGAACGAUGUGCUGGAAGUCGGUCCGACGUCCGGCAGCAGCUGCGCUCCGAGGUGGUGUACAGCGAGCGGAACCACAAGGAGGGACGUUACAAGUACGGUUACGCGGUCAAGAAGGGCGAAUCGCAGUUCCACCACCAGCGCUCGCUGGACGGGGCGAUGUACGGAUGCUACGGCUACGUGGAUCCCCAGGGCAAGCUGUUCAUAACGCACUACCUGGCGGACAUGGCCGGGUACCGGCUGGUGAACAUGGCCAAUCCGGACCGGAAGCUGGCGGAAAGGAUCCGGAACUUGGGUACCGCGGAUAGUCCCAUCGAUUUGCAACAUUUGUUCCCGGCAGAGUGUCAGGAGGAUGGGGACAUGAAAACGCUGAAGGAAACGGCUGAUGCAAUGAAGGCGUCGCUAGCGGAAUCUGGGGAUCAGAGCGCGUCUUACCGAUCACGAUCGUCAUCGCACUCGGUAUCUUCUGGAAGCCAAGAUUCAACAAUACGGGGAACAAGUACGGCAAGCCAGACUUCUCAGUCGAAUUCCGGUCAACAAUCGACAUCUUAUGGGUCACGAUCAAGCUCUACAACGGGAUCAUCAGAAAGUGGAUAUUCAAAAACCAAAGGAUCAUCAGACUUGUUGAAGAGUACUUCAAACAUUGAAGUAGAUCAGGUUAAAUCCAACCAGAAUCAAUUGGGAUUCAAGGAAUCCUUUGGAAACGACAGAAAAGUUCAGACAUCUCAGUCGGUAACAAUCACUAAACAACAGUCCAGCUCCCAACAAGCUUCUGACGGCAAAUCCAGCGUAGAUUUGAUCAAAACAAAUGUCAACAGAGGAUCCAAUCAGGGCAAGACUUCCGUUGGAACGUUAACUGCUUCAGAACCAAAGUUUGUCAUGAAGUCCAACACGAAGGACUCAUCGGUCAGCUUUGCCGCUUCGGACUCGAACAGGUCGUCAACAUUGAAGAAGACUGCUUCUGGAACUAAUGUGGCUCACGAAACAAAGAAAUCUACUUUCUUGGAAAAAGCUGAAGUAACUUCAGGUUCUAAGGUAGCCUCUCAAGCUACUGGUCAGCAAACGUCUGAAUCUCAAACUGAGAUCAACGUUUCAGGAAACAAAUUAGAUGUGACCACCAGUUCCACUGAAGCAAGAACUAGUGUAGGGAAAUCUGAACAGAAAGCUUCUGGAAGUAAUGGGGCUCACGAAACAAAGAAAUCUCCUUUCUUGGAAAAAGCUGAGGCUACUUCAGGUUCUAAGGUAGCCUCUCAGAUAAAUACAAAUGUUCAAGGACAGUCAGUCAAGCUUGCAGCAGAAAUCCCCGAUGUGGCUAAUUAUGAAGAGAUCAAUCUUAGAUUUGAUGACGAUGAUGCUUCAGACGUGGAGGCCGGUGUCAAGCAGUCCUCAACUUCCAGUACAUCAUCAAGUAAGAAGACAGACCAGGGUGCCUUUUCAGGCCGUAGCAGUUCAGCUGUGUAUCGGGGAACUGUCAAAUAUGCCAACUAUGCUAUCGGAAGCAAUCAAGCUACGGAUCAGAGCAAAACAACAACUGCUACUAAAAGCGCUGAAGUUCAGCGGAAGGUUCCGCGUGGCAAGGCUCGAGUUCAGCAGCAGACUGAAACGAGGUUGGAGCAAAAUGUUGCAAUGAAUCUUCAUGUUAGAACCGUAGCUAAAAGCCGAAUGGGAGCAGUUACUGUCGCUGAGUACAUAAAGGAUUCUACGUCUAGUGAUGCUUCCAAGAUGCAGCAAGCAGAAUCAGUACAGCAGAGCACUGAUAUGAGUACAAAACAAGAGGAAAUCUCGGUUAAGUCUAUCCAGACGUUUAAGAGUGACCAAGAAUACAGUACAAAUAAGCAAAAUGUUGAGGUAUCGUCUGAUCAAGUCGUUGCAGAAGAUCGUGUCAUGCAAAAGGAAUCAUCUAAUGUUGGCGGUUUGAAGCAAGGUGCGGAGCAAUCCGGUACAAUUCAAACCAGCCAGAAGUCUAUGAGUAAGCAAGAAUACAGCACCAACAAGCAGACAAUCGACGUAUCUACCGAUCAAAGCAAGGUACAAAACCAAAUUGUUUCUAAGGAAUCAAUCAGUGCAACAGAGUUGCAAGAUUCUACGAAGUCUGAGACAGUACAAAAUCAACGCUCCUCCGAAACUAGCUCUGGAAGGUCAUACAACCAAGCUAAAGCAGAACAGUCAAUGAAGCAGGUUAAAGAAUCGUCGAAGGAUUCUGCUCCCAUCAUACGAUUCGCGAUCCCCGGAAUAAUCCAACAAGGAUCACCAGUCCAGGGACGUCGUAGUUUCGUCGGGAUCCCAAACUUGAACGGCAUCUUCCCCACGAACUCCCAGUCCCGAGUGGGUACCGUACCCGUAGGCGAAGAUGACUACCCGCGAUCGGAAGUCAUGAGACUACCGGCAACACCCCGACCCUCGACUCCAGCCUCACCGGAUGCCGUCUCGGUUUCGUACCAACUGCCGAGCGGAACCGAUCGCACCCCGGUCACUCCGAGACCCACGACCGUCUUUCGACCGACAACGGCCGGAUUCCCGGCAACAACCGUAAAGUCACUCAUUUACAGGACGACAGUUGGUCCAAGUGGGGACAUUUACGAUGAGAUCGAAGAGGAACCCGAGCUGGGAAGUCGUCCAACGUUGAUGUCACCGCAGAUUCCAGAGCAGAAGCCACCAAUCGCUACUUCCGGUGGUGUUACGGUGAUUCCAUCUAUUAGCCAAGGUGUCUUAGUUGAAAACACUGCAUUGCCGCACUGUUCCGAUGUUACGCUGAUGAUUCCGGCCGACGCAAAGCAGAUCUUCGUUCGGACCAACUCUCAGGCGUUCCGAGUUUACGGAGCUGGUGACCCGAACGAGCGAAUCCGCCUGGUUGAACCCGGAGUGUACGAGGUGAAUCUUGGCGCCACCAGUGGAAUCCAGUUCAACCAGUAUCGAGCUGACGAAGGCGACUGGAAGAGAUCGAACAAGCUCCAGCUGGACAUGGAUCGCAGCUUCGACUAUGGUGAGCUGGUGCAGAAGCCGUUGUACAGCCGCGCCCAGUCGGCAACAACUGGUGACGGUGGCAACCAGGCGCGGCUGAACAAUCCUUAUCUCCCGCUGGUGCCGGCUCCCGUGGAAGCUCGUAACGCGGUAGGAUCGGCGGAACCAGUUCUGACACCCGAGCAGCGUUCGCUGCUCAGCUUGGUGCCAUCCUGGAAGAAGGUUCUACUUUAUUACUAAUUGACCCCGCAGCUGAACCCCGUUGGCAACUGAAGAUCCGAUAUUCGCGCAGAAGACAAUGCUCUGGCUCCAACCUGGAGGCACUAAAAUUAAGUUUAUUUGAUAAGUAUGCUAAUGAAGUCGUCGUUGCAGCUCUCCGAAAA